AUGUUUUGUAAUCUAAUUGUGUUAUCUCUUAAGACGAUCAGUAAGAACAACAAGAUGAUGGCUCAUCUGAACUUCAGAAUGAAGGUUAUUUUGCAAGAUGCGCGCACAUUUGUUGGUUAUUUCAAAGCUUUCGAUAAACACAUGAAUAUUCUGCUCGCGGAUUGUGAGGAAUUCCGUCAGAUCAAGCCAAAGCCUGGAAAAAAGAUUGCUGAAGGAGAAGAGAAACGAACGCUUGGUCUUGUGUUGCUUCGAGGAGAGCAUAUCGUAUCAAUGACCGUUGAUGGUCCCCCUCCAAAGGAUGAAGACACUGUUCGUCUACCAAAGGCAGGUGGUAUUGCUGGACCUGGACAGUCUAAGCCUGUCGGAAGAGGAAUGCCUGUUAUGCCUCCCGGCAUGCCACCAGUUCCCGCUGCUGGUCUUGCUGGCGCAGUGAGGGGUGUUGGUGGACCGGCAAUGGGGAUGAUGCAGCCUGGGUACGGUGCCCCACCACCGGGCAUACCGCCAAUGCCGCCUCGACAGCAAUUCUAG